CUCUCUCUCUCUCUCUCUCUCCCUCUCUCUCUUAGUCUAGAAGUGUAGGAAAAUGGCGGAGGCCAGUAUUUUAGAUCAGGAUCAGUUCAGCUGUUCAGUGUGUCUGGAUCUGCUGAAGGAUCCAGUGGCUAUUCCCUGUGGACACAGUUACUGUAUGGUGUGUAUUAAUGGCUGCUGGGAUCAGGAGGAUCAGAGGGGGGUCUACAGCUGCCCCCAGUGCAGAGAGACCUUCACUCCAAGGCCUGUUCUACGCAGAAACAACAUGCUGGCUGAAGUGGUGGAGAAACUGAAGAAGACAGAAGUCCGAGCUGCUUCUCCUGCUCACUGUUACGCUGGAGCUGGAGAUGUGGAGUGUGAUUUCUGCACCGGGAGAAAACUCAAAGCCAUCAAGUCCUGUCUGAUGUGUCUGACCUCCUUUUGUGAAAUUCAUCUAAAACCUCACUAUGAACUUGCUGGUUUGAAGAAGCACAAGCUGGUUAAAGCGUCCUCUCAGCUCCAAGAGAACAUCUGCUCCCAGCAUGACAGACUGAUCGAGAUCUACUGUCGUACUGAUCACAGCUGUAUCUGCUCAUUAUGUCUAAUGGAUAAACACAGGGGUCAUGAUACAGUUUCUGCUACAACAGAGGGAACUGAGAAACAGAACCAGCUAAAGGAACUUCAGAGGACACUCCAACAGAGAAUUCAGGAGAAGCGAAAGAAGCUUCAGGAAUUGGAACAGACGAUAAACACUCUUAAGAGUUCUGCACAGUCAGCAGUGGAGGAAAGUGAGAGGAUCUUUACUGAGCUGAUCCGCUCCAUUGAGAAAAAGCGCUCUGAGGUAACAGAGCUGAUCAGAGAUCAGGAGAAGACUGAACUUAGUGGAGCUGAAGAACUCCUGGAGAAACUGCAGCAGGAGAUCACUGAUCUAAAGAGGAGACACACUGAACUGGAGCAGCUUUCAUACACAGAGGAUCACAUCCAUUUCCUUCAGAGUUUCCAGUCUCUCUGUGUCUCUUUUGUAUCUGAGGAAUCUCCCAGCAUCUCUGUCCAUCAGCGUCCCUCAUUUGAUGGAGUUAGGAAAUCUCUCUCUGAGCUGAAAGAACGACUAGAGGAAUUCUGCAGAGAGGAAUUCAGGAGAAUCUCUACAUGUGGUAAGAGCAGCUUUCCUGCUGUCAGGCAGAAGGAUAUCCAUUUAAUUAAGCUCAAUAUAGAGAAAUAUACCCACUCACAUUUAUGUACAGUGAUUUUACCAUCAGAGCCAAAAACCAGAGAGGACUUUCUGCAGUAUUUCUGUCAUCUGACUCUGGAUCCCAACACAGCACAUCGUCACCUUAAUCUGUCCGAGAAGAACCGAGUGGUGAUGAGCUGUGCUAAUGUCCAGUCAUACCCUGAUCAUAUAGAGAGAUUUGAUCAGGACAGGCAGGUGUUGAGUAAGGAGAGCGUGAGUGGACGCUGUUAUUGGGAGAUUGAGUGGAGCAAAGUGGGAGGUGUGUAUAUAUCAGUCUCAUAUAAAGGGAUCAGCAGGAAAGGAGAGAAGAAUGAUUGUUUUUUUGGAUUAAACAGUCAGUCCUGGUCUCUGGAGUGUUACUCCUCUUUCGGUUUCUACCACAACAACAUUAGGACUGGUAUCUCAGCGACACCAUCCUCCAGAAUAGGAGUGUAUGUGGAUCACAGUGCAGGAAUUCUGUCCUUCUACAACAUCUCUGAUACAAUGACUCUGCUACACACAGCCCACACUACAUUCACCCAGCCCCUCUACGCUGGAUUAGGGGUUUAUGAUAGAUCAACUGUAAAGUUAUGUGAUAGAAACUGA